AUGGGAUGGGAAGUUCGCAUGUCCAAUACGCGCCGCAAGCCAUAUUUCUACAACCGCGACACGAAUCAGUCGCUCUGGCAGGCGCCUCCAGACUUGACGCCGCAGGAGAUUGAGAAACUGCCGGGAGCAAACUUGCUCAGCGCAUCUCCACCAUCGGGGGGUCCAGAAAUCGCAAAUAUCACGCGUACAAAGCAGGAGGCUAUCGAUAUCUUGCUGGGAUACAAGGACGAGAUUAAUGGCGACCCGCACAAGUUUGCCUCGCUCGCCCAACAGUAUUCUGACUGCUCUUCCCACUCGAAAGGAGGUGAUCUAGGUCACUUUAGCCGUGGCCAGAUGCAAAAGCCGUUUGAAGACGCGACGUUUGCGCUCCAAGUCGGCGAAAUGAGCGGCAUCGUCGAAACGGACUCGGGCGUUCAUCUUAUCUAUCGCACAGAGUAA